AUGUCUUCAAGGAAUACAUCACUGGAGCACAAAAAUGCACAGCAGAGUCGUUCUGUCCAUUAUGAUAAAGUAUAUGUGGAUUCUUCUUCACCAGAAGAUGCUGAUGAGAUAUUAAAUUCAGAACCUUUGCCACCACCUCUUCCAUUGCAGCCACCAUUUGGACCUGAAUUUUAUCCAAGUGACAAUGAAGACUCAACUGAAAUCCCUGAUAUCAAACCAGUGAGAAAAUUCAUUCCUGAUUCAUGGAAAAACUUCUUCAGAGGAAAACGAGGUGAUCCAGAAUGGAAUAAGCAAGUAUCUGCCAUUUCAGAUGGAAUUCAAUGCUCUCCACCAUCAUCUCCAACACUUACUCCAGUGAAAGCAGACCAUAUUUCAACACCAAGUUCUUAUCAAGAUCCAUAUGGAGGAUCAGGAGGCACUUACACUUCACAAAAAGAAGCUGAAGGUAUUCUCCCCCCGGAUCCAUAUGGCUCUCUGGGAAGGCACACCCAGGCUUUGACAUACAGUGAGAAAGUAGAAGCUUUUAACCUCAGAUAUUCCUACAUGAAAUCUUGGGCAGGAUUGCUUAGAAUCUUGGCUGUUGUUGAACUGCUCUUAGGUGCAGCUGUAUUUGCUUGUGUCACAGCUUACAUUCACAAAGACAAUGAGUGGUACAACAUGUAUGGCUUUUCACAACCAUAUGGCUAUGGUGCAAGCAGCAUGUAUGGUGGUUAUUAUUACAGUGGACCCAAAACUCCUUUUGUUCUUGUUGUAGCAGCACUUGUUUGGAUAGUGACUAUCAUAAUUCUAGUACUUGGUAUGUCAAUGUAUUACAGAACUAUUCUUCUGGAUUCCCACUGGUGGCCUUUAACAGAAUUUGGAAUCAAUGUGGCUUUGUUUAUUUUAUAUAUGUCAGCCGCUAUUGUCUAUGUAAAUGACACAAACAGAGGAGGACUUUGCUCCUAUAAUUUAUUUAACACACCAAUGAAUGCUGCUUUGUGUCGUAUAGAAGGGGGACAGACAGCAGGAAUUAUUUUUUUGUUUGUAACAAUGAUUAUAUAUCUCAUCGGUGCAAUAGUUUGCCUAAAAUUAUGGAGACAUGAAACUGCGCGCAGACACAGAGAGUUCAUGGAGGAGCGGAUGAAGUCACAAUCAUUUGGCCCAAAAAGAAUGUAUGAAGAUCAUGAAAAUGACAUGUCCAAGGUAGCAAUAAAGACACCGAAGAGUGCAGAAAUGAAGCCUGAAGUACUUAAUGGCUAUAUACCAGCAGGACAUAUUCCUAAACCAAUAGUGAUGCCAGAUUACUUAGCAAAAUACCCAGCAAUUCGGACAAAUGAGGAAAGAGACCGUUAUAAAGCUGUAUUUAAUGAUCAGUUUUCUGAAUAUAAAGAGCUGUCUUCUGAAGUUCAGGCAAUUUUGAAGAAGUUUGAUGAGCUAGAUGCACUUAUGAGGAAGCUUCCUCAGCAUACUGGAAACACUCUUGAACAUGAUAGAAUUGCCAGUGUUCUCCAACAGUAUAAAAAGAAAAAGAAUGAUCCCACAUUUCAGGAGAAGAAAGAACGGUGUGAAUAUCUAAAGAACAAACUUUCUCACAUAAAACAAAGAAUUCAGGAAUAUGACAAAAUUAUGAAUUGGAAUACUUAGAAUGACUUUAAUUUUACUAAGAAGAUUUUUUUUACCAUUUUAAAAUAUUUAUUACCAUUAUUUUAUAUUUUUCUUGUAAAAUUAGUAACUAAAAUCUACUAUGUAUAUUGUGAACUGAGGCAAAGUUUUAUCUAUUGUAAGAUGGAAAACUGUCUAACAAUGCAGUUAAACCAUGUGCACUGUUGAUGAUCCUAUUCUAAAAUAACAUAAAAUUAGUAUUUUUUUUUGUUUUAAAUUCAAAAUAUUUGUAUUUCUGUCAUUGAGAUAUUUUCCUAAAUAUGAAUAAGGUGUAAACAGGUAUCAUUGCCUUAAUUCAGUUAUAUGAAAUGCAGUCUUUCAGAGAUCCAUGUAUGUAUGUAUGUAUGUAUGUAUGUAUGUAUGUAUGUAUGUAGGUCUUUGGUUAUUCGGGUUUUCUCCCGUGUAAAAUUGGAAGUGUCAUGGCGACGUUUCGACAAAGACACCAGUCUGA